AUGGCUUCACCUAUGAAAUAUGUCCGAGUGGGGAAAUCGGGCCUGAAGGUUUCACAGAUCAUCCUAGGUUGCAUGAGCUUUGGCGAUAAGAACUGGCAGCCCUGGCUUCUGGACGAAAACGAAGCUCUCCCUGUUAUCAAAUAUGCCUUCGAUCGUGGUAUCAACACGUGGGACGUCGCCGAUACCUAUUCGAACGGUAGAUCUGAGGAGAUUCUCGGUGCAGCAAUCCGACAGUUCAACAUUCCUCGCUCCAGGAUUGUCAUCAUGUCCAAGUGCUUCCAGUUUGUCGAUGAGAAUAAAGGAUGCAUUGACCCUGCCAGUUUGACAAGUAACGAUGGCACACGGGUCAAUCAGGUUGGACUGUCCAGGAAGCACAUCUUUGAAGCAGUUGACCGCAGCGUUGAGCGUCUUGGGACCUACAUCGAUGUUUUGCAGAUCCACAGGAUGGAUCGUGAUGUCCCACCAGAAGAGAUAAUGAAGGCACUUAACGAUGUUAUUGAGAGUGGUAAAGUGCGAUACAUUGGUGCCAGUUCAAUGGCCGCAUGGGAAUUCCAAAUGCUACAGAAUGUCGCAAAGAGUAACGGCUGGCAUCAGUUCAUAUCAAUGCAAGGCCUAUACAACCUUAUCUACCGCGAAGAAGAGAGGGAGAUGAAUCCGUACUGCAACGCCACAGGUGUGGGUCUGUUUCCCUGGUCUCCGCUAGCGGCAGGCGUUCUUGCACACCCCUGGACCGACCGUAGUGAUCCACGAGAACAGAAAGACCCCUUUCUUCAGAUGCUCUUUCGAAGCGGAGACCAUGCGGCAGACCAAGCCAUUGUAGGACGUGUUGAGGAGCUGGCGAGAAAAAAGGGAGUCAUGAUGGCACAGAUCGCUCAAGCGUGGCUGAUUUCCAAAGGCUGCAUGCCUAUAUGUGGUCUAGAAACUGAGGAGAGAAUUGAACAAGCCUUAGCUUCGCUAGAAGUUGAGCUUACGGAUGAUGAGGUUGGUUGGUUGGAGGAACUAUAUGUCGCGAAAGGACCUUUUCCCUUCUGA